UCUCGACGAAGUCGGCAAGCGAGAUGAGCCGUAACUACGUGGACGACGACGGUGCGACCGAGCUCUCUCGCCCCGAGCGCGCCAACGACGCCAUGGACCUCGCACCGGCGACGAUCAAGAGCACAGCCGUCGACGAGAGCGACCCGGCGGGCGACGCGCUGGACGACGAGCUCGAGCAGGCCACCCGAGCCGCCGUCAAGCUGCAGGAGCUCUACAUCGACAUCCACGCGGGCCGUCCGGCGUUGGUGCCACCACCGCCACCCCGGGACGUAUACCUGAACGCGUCGCUGCAGCUCCUUCAUCAGCAGAGCGACAUGCGCCAGCGCAUUCGAGGGCUCUGGUUCCUCGCGCAGCGCCUGCGCUGGGACAACCACAUGGACGCCCACGCGAUGGAGCAUCUCCGCGCCGACCUUGUCCAGACGAUGAAGAGCCUCGGCAUUGAAAAGCAAGAUGGCGAUCGUGUGCGCAAGACCGGUCACCUCGUGCUUCUCGAGCCCAGCGUACGCGCGGGCCCGCCACCGCGCGUCUACUGCACGCUCUACGAAGACGAGAGCAAGCUCGAGCUCGUGCUGCCGCGCGUUUCGACGACGCCGAGCGGUAGCAGCUCGUUGCGGGAUUCGUUCACGAGCCUCUCGAAGCUCUCGUCGUCGCUCGCGUGGCUGCUCCACGAUGACCCGGACGACCCCGACUGCUUGCACGUACCGUUGUAUGGCGCGCAGGUGCAUGCGACGUCGGCCGAGGCGCUGGAGUUUCGUCUCGACGUGCUGCACCGGUCGUCGACGUCGGAUGCGAUCGCGACGCGGAGCUUUUAUCUGCGGGCCGAGACGGACGACGAGUACAUUGGCUGGAUGGUCGCUCUCGAGGCCAUUGCGCGCUACGACCUCUUCCAACUCCAAGCGUCCAUGCGCCGCAUCUCGGAUCCGCAAGACUAUGUCUGCGUCCUGCGGUCGUUUUGCCCGAUCUCGGUGCCGCUCGCGUGGCAGCGCCACCGCAUCGCGCGCGACGAGAAGCAGUCGGGCCUCACUCGCCGCGACAGCAAGAACAUGCCGAUGCUCCAAGUGCUCAAGGACGUUGAGCGGGACACGUACGUCGUCGACGGCCGCCCCCUCUCGACCGCCGACGGCAUCCAUCACGUCAUCAGCCACCUCUUGACGCGCAUCAUGGCCUUUCUCCACGCCGACGACGACUCGAUGCCAAGUGUCGCGUCGCCGGCCGCGCGCAUGGCCAAGUCGACCGAGGCCAAGGCGCUGUCGUUUGUCGAGCGCGUCCUUCGCGGCAGCACGCGCACGCAGAGCGGCGGUGACAUCUACGACGCCAUCUCGAUUCUCUGCGCCAACGCGCACGUGGUCGUGUGCCCCGUCUCGGCAGACGCCUCGCCCGUGACGCUCACGGUGGACGUGACAAACGUCUUGACCGUGCACGCGUCCGUGCAAAUGGCCUUUCGCGUCAUGGCGCCCGACGCCACCGGCGACUGGGCGCGCCUCCACGGAGCGCUGACGCGGUCCUUUACCUACGGCGGCAUUGCGCAGCCCGGCGUCGUCACGAUCGAGAUGCAAGACUAGAUGACAGUGUUUGUUGCAAUUGGUUAUAAAAACUGCGGAAUCAACGGCGUGCCGCCAUCGAG